AUGGUCUCGGGCAAGAGGAAAAGAACAGCCGUUGAUGAACCCGAACCCGAAGACUCGGACUUUUCCAUCGUCAGCGCUGACUCGGAUGAGGAGAUCGACAUCUCGUCUGCAUUAACGGGAAAACGCGUCAAACUCACCCAGACAGACGACGAUGGUGACGAAGACCUGGAAAAGUUCAUUCGCGAGUCCAUCAUCAAGCGAGAUGUGAAGGAAGGCACGGAGUUGCUUAAGAAGACGAAAGGGAAGUCGAAGAUUAUCAAGGGAGAGGUCGGCGGAGGCAGUUUCCAAAGCAUGGGUCUGUACCCAUGGCUGCUUCGAUCGCUCACGCUGCAGGGAUUCCGGAUUCCCACUCCAAUCCAACGUCUCUCCAUCCCCGCGCUCCUCACGAAUCCUCCUCGCGACCUGGUUGGUAUGGCGCGCACGGGUUCCGGCAAGUCUCUUGCAUACAUGGUGCCGUUGGUGCAGCGCCUUGGAGGCCGUCAUUCCGCGUCCUUCGGCGCUCGGGCUCUCAUCCUGCUCCCCGCUCGUGAGCUCGCACUCCAAAUACUCAAAGUUGGAAAGGAGCUCGCACGAGGAUGGCACGCUGGAGAAGGAGACCAUGCCGGUGAUGUACAAGACGCCGAUGUCGGAAAGAAGGGUCAGAGCUUGCGAUGGGGGCUUGUUGUCGGCGGCGAGAGCCUCGACGAACAAUUCGAGAUGAUCUCCAGUAAUCCAGACAUCAUCAUCGCGACCCCGGGUCGUCUCCUCCAUCUCAUCGUUGAGAUGAACCUCGACCUCAAGUCGGUGCAAUAUGUUGUCUUCGACGAGGCGGAUCGAUUGUUCGAGAUGGGCUUCCAAAUCGCGCUCAACGAGAUCCUCCACCGCCUCCCCUCUAGCCGUCAGACCCUUUUGUUUUCCGCCACACUUCCGAAAUCCUUGGUAGAGUUCGCGAAGGCCGGCCUCCAGAACCCCAAACUUGUCCGUCUUGAUGCGGAGACGAAAAUCAGCGGGGACCUCAAGAUGGCUUUCUUCUCUGUUAAGAAAGCGGAGAAAGAGGCCUGUCUCCUCCUCCUCCUACGCGACGUCAUCGGAGUCCCUCUGGGGACUACGGCCCGCGGAGAGGACGAAUCGACAGACAAGCAGGGCAAAGGCAAGGGAAAGGCGAAGCACGCGGACCAGCCUGCCGCCCCGCACCAGACGCUCGUCUUCGCAGCGACGAAGCAUCACGUCGAGUACCUCACGAACCUGCUCUCCGCCGUCGGCUACGCGGUCUCGCACAUUUACGGCGCGCUCGACCAGGUUGCACGCACGCAGCAGAUGGACGCGUUCCGGAGGGGCCGCACGAGCGUCCUCGUCGUCACGGACGUCGCCGCGCGCGGAAUCGACAUCCCCGUGCUCGAGAACGUCGUCAACUACGAUUUCCCCCAGGGCGCGCGCGUCUUCAUCCACCGCGUCGGCCGCACCGCCCGCGCCGGCCGCCAGGGCUGGGCGUGGUCGUUCGUCACCGCGGCCGAAGUGCCGUACCUCGUCGACCUGCAACUCUUCCUCGGCCGUCCGAUCAAAGACGAAGUGCCCGGGUCCGGGUCCGGGGCGGGCAGCGACGCCGCAUACUCGGAGUCGCUCGUCCUAGGGCCUUUCGACCGCGACGGGCUUGACGAGGAGGCGGACUACGUCAAGAAGUUCCACGAGGAGAACCACAACCUGAACACGCUCCGGGACGUGAUGCGCAAGGGCCAGGGCAUGUACGAGCGCAGCAAGGGCAAGGCGUCCCCCGCAUCGUACCACAAGGCGAAGGAGAUGCUCAAGGACGGCCGCUGGGGCUACGCGGGCACCGACUCGGGCGUGCACCCCGAGGAGGCGAAACGCCGCGCGCUGCUCAAGGUCGUCGACGCGUUCCGCCCGGCGGAGACGAUCAUCGAGAUGGGAACGCGAGGGAACUCUGAGACGGCGGCGCUGAUGAAGCAGCGGCGCAAGGCGCUGAGCAAAGCCGUCAAGCGUGUGUCGCUGGCGUCGACGCACACCGCGGCGACGGUGGCCUCAGAUGAGGAAAAGGAGGACGUCGGGGGAGAGUCGGGCGUGGAAGCUGAGGGCCCCGAGAUGGCGGAUGAGGCCGAGAUUGCGGCUGUGUUCGAGACUUCCAGCAAGAAGGGCAAGUCGUCAAAAUCUAAUUUCCGCGACGAGGAGUUCUACAUGUCGCAUUACCAAAAAGACGCUGACACCGAAAAGGGGUACUCGCUACGUGACGGCGCCUCGUUCGUCGAGCAGGCGCGCAACGUCGCGUUCGAUCUCACCGGGGACGAGGCCACCGCCCGAGAGCGCCAGCGGCGGGAGAUGAAGUGGGACAAGAAGAAAAAGCGCUUCGUGAAGGGCACCGGCGAAGGCGCCGACAACGUCCGAAUGGUCAAGACCGAGUCUGGCGUGAAGCUCCCCGCGACGUACCGCUCCGGCCGGUUUGACGAGUGGAAGUCAAAGGCGCGCGUGAGCCUGCCCAGGGUAGGUGAGGCCGAGCCCGAGAACGCACGCGCGUACGGCGGAGGCGGCGGUGCGGGUGGGCGUAAGUGGAAGCACAAGCAGGCCACGGCGGCGAAGCCGCUCGACAAGCUGCGGGGCGACUACGAGCGCAAGGUCCGGCGGGCGAGCAAGGCGGUGCAGAACCAGGGUGGCGGCGGCGACGACCCUGGGCCUUCGCGUGGAGGGUCAUCGAGACCACAGCUGCCUGGCAAAAAAAGCACAGGGAGGAAGGGCGGGCGGUCCGGUGGGAAGCCUCUGGGCAGGGUCAAGACCGAGCUCAAAACGGUGGACCAGAUCCGCAAGGCGCGGAAGGUCGUGGAGCACAAGAGGGCGAAGAACGCGCGGUCGACGAAGAGAAAGGGGAAGCGAUAG